AUGGAGGCCGCCAUUGCGGAGGCGCUGGAGUGGCUGGAGGAGCGGGACGGCGCCACGGGACGAACAACGGAGGAGUACUAUGAGGAGAAGCUCAGGGAGGUGGAGGAGGGUUCCUCUUUUGUUCUCCGGUCCAACUUCCAGCCUGGCGGUGGCGGGCUUGUCGGUCCCGAUCGGAGUCAAACUGUUGACUCAAACAACGUCUACGCUGAACGUACGGCUGAAGACCAAUGCAAUAGACGGUGA